ACUCGGCGUGCACCGCGCGCAGACGGUGCAGAUACGCGGGGUGCGCUUCGCGGUGUGGUUCUCGCGGUGGAUCCGGAGCCGCUCGCCGGGAUCCCUCGGCGCCGGGAUCUCACGUUUCUCCAGGGAAUCGUCCCCGAGCAUCUCGCACGCGGUGGCCGCGCUUAUGACCGGCCGAUGGACCAGCGCGCGAGGGAGAGUCGUCGCUCGUUCGAGUAUUCGCCGGUGAUCCGCAAAAGGAAAGCUGACGAGGAUGAGCCAUGCGAAGGUACGAAAGGACCGUUAUGGGCACAGUGAGCUCCGUCGUAGGCAAUUAAGGGAGAGCAACUUGCCGGCGAGUAAAAUGGUGGGACUGGGCAGCGACGAGCUAUUCAUUUCGGGCGUCGCCGAUAUCAACAAUAUGGAAUUGGAGAUCAACUCCGAGGACGAGAGCGAUGAGAUCGGGAGGGACGAUAUACGCCGGCUGAUACCGUCGCCGGUCAACAGCGAGAGCGUCGUGUUUAACGGCGGGAAAAGGGAUGGUCAGAGAAACGGGGUAGAAGAUGCGGACGACGAGAGCGUUUGGUCCAUAUCCAUCCAGAUGUUCAUACCCUUCUUACUUGCCGGCUUCGGCAUGGUCGCAGCUAGUUUGCUGCUAGACCUGGUGCAGCAUUGGCCGGUGUAUCAAGUGGUAUCCGAGGUAUACAUAUUAGUUCCUGCGCUACUAGGUCUGAAGGGAAAUCUGGAGAUGACGUUGGCUUCCAGAUUGUCGACCCAGGCUAAUCUAGGUCAAAUGGACACGAAGAAGCAACAGUGGACACUGAUUGUCGGGAACUUAGCCCUGAUCCAGUGCCAGGCUAUGGUGGUGGGUUUGCUGGCGUCCUUGGCGGCCGUGGCCCUCGGCUGGAUCCCGGAAGCUCACUUCGAUAUUCAUCAUGGACUCCUGUUGUGCGCCAGUGCCUUGGUCACCGCUUCUGUAGCAAGUUUCCUGCUGGGCCUCGUGAUGGUCGCGGUCAUACUAUUGUCACGACGGAUGAACAUCAACCCUGACAAUGUCGCCACCCCGAUCGCGGCCUCCUUAGGGGAUCUAACGACCUUAGCUCUUCUGUCUUGGAUCGCUUCUUUAUUGUAUAACGCAAUAGGCUAUGCUCCAUGGGUAGCGCCAACAUUGAUAGCAUUUUGUGUAUUUGCAACUCCCGUUUGGGGCUACAUAGCAGCUAGAAAUCCAUUUACUAAAGAAGUAUUGGAUUACGGCUGGACGCCUGUGAUAUCAGCGAUGUUAAUUAGCAGUCUCGGCGGACUGAUCUUGGACUACACUAUAUCGAGCUACAAAGGCAUAGCGGUUUUUCAAUUAGUAAUUAAUGGCGUUGGGGGAAACUUGGUCGCUGUCCAGGCCAGUAGAAUAUCGACGUCCCUACAUAAAGAUUAUCAGACGGGUGUUCAAGGGGCUCUCAACGUCUGCAUUAGUCCAUUCCAUGCGUUCUUUGCUAAGGGAGGACACGCGAGAACAGCUAGAGUAUUGCUGAUGAUGGUGAUACCAGGGCACUUAAUCUUUAGUUAUACCAUUAGUUACCUUCAGGCGGGACAUACCUCGUUCACGCCUAUAUUUAUUAUGAUAUAUUUGAUCGCUGCAAUGUUGCAGGUAAUUCUGUUGUUAUAUAUUGCGCAAUUGAUGGUUGUUUGGAUGUGGACGAGGGGUAUGGAUCCAGACAGUUCCGCGAUACCAUACUUGACAGCGGUGGGCGAUCUUAUAGGAACUGCACUUCUCGGAAUUGCCUUCCAUAUCCUUUAUGCCAUAGGCGACGGCGACUCUGACGUAGGAGAUUGAUCGGUAAAGUUUGUACAAUGCUUUGAAUCCUUUAUAAUGUUGCAGGUCAUAGAUUUUGGUAUCCCUUUUCGAAAGACCACAAUGAGAAAUCUCAUUUGAAUUCGCGACACCGAUUGUGAUUUGACGAUUGCGUCAUCGGUGAUUAUCACUUUCGUUGCGGUGAGUUUUUUCUUCGAAACGAAGCUCCGUUCGACAUCUCUUUGUAUGAAAGGGUAUGUUAAGAGUACAAAUUAAAUUAAGCAUAUAUCUGUUAGUAUAUGCUGGACACAAAAAAAAGAAAAGUACAGUAUUUGCCAAUAUUAAUUCCGUUACAUCGAUAAUUAAAUCAUCAUGUAAUUAUGGAGAUGGAAAUUAUAAUUAAUUUCAAUCGCGACUAUGCCAAUAAAUACGGGCCAGUAAAUAAG